GCCGAACCUGUCACAGCGCACGUUACCGCACCGGCUUGUUGACCCGGUGUUUGACGUUUGCCUUUUUUUUUGUUAUUUAGCAGCGCAUUUAUUUUGCCUUCGCCCUGUAUGUUUCCCAAAUCUCAAAUCGAUCGGGCGCCGACACAACAACUCUACGAUCUACGUCACUACGCCCUAAUCAUCUCUGUGUGUGUGUAUGUGUGUGCGUGUACGUUUGUUAUGAGUUUCAUCAUAAUCGUCCCGUAAUUGCCAAGCGAGAGGAAAAAAAAACAAAUAAACACUGACACACACACACACUGACGCCAUGAACUUCCUUGACUCGUUGGCGUGGAUUGUGCCAGCAGGAUUUGGAUUUGCAUCGGCCAGGAGGACCUAUCCGUCCUGCUACUAAUCUCCAAUUUUUUAUUGUUUUUUUGUGAGCGACCUUCUGUCGUACGCCUUGACCACCGAACAUUCAACGGCGAGAAGCUGCUUUGGAGGCUGUAAGGGCACCGUGCGCGCGUGUGUGUGUGUGUGUCCGUUCAAGAGACAGCCGCCGUAAUCUGGCUUCGGCGUGAUAGGGCGGAAAAUUUCCUUCCCAAGGCAGGAAAUGGGCCGUUGACACUGGGCUGCAAAGACGAUUAGAGCAGAGAAAGACUAACACUCUGUGUGUGUGCGUGGGUAUUUUUCGGUCAGUUAAUUCGCUGAUAACACGGCUAGACAGGAAGGGCGAAGCGCAGUGCGGGAGCAGUUCAGGGCCGUUCAGGGCGAACCAAUUCGGGCCCGGGAAGGGAGGGAGGAGGGAUCCAUAUAGUCCCGCCGUUCCCCGGGCGCGAUGCUCAGUUACCAAAGCAACGCCCGCGGCUAGUGUCCGGCUGAUUUCCUUUCCAACGGCGACGACGUCGAACGUUCUUUCCGUGUUUUGUGUGAUUUCUCAAAACGUGUGCGUGUGUGUGUGUGAAGCAUUUGUAGGCAGCAAACUAGUGUUAGAUUGAUGAAACCCAACACCACAGCAAACGUCUCGAUCAACCCCCUAGCUAAGCAACAGUGCAGUGUUUGACACGAUAGCGGAUAACGGACGCGGCACUUAAUCGGGUCGGCAGCGCAACAAUAAAUGCAUAACGCCCACCUGCUGCCGUUCAAUCGAUGCGAUCUUGCCAACAAGACGCCCCUGACCUGGCUGGAAGUGUUGGAUAAGGGCUAAAGCGCUUCCCUUUUGCCCCGCCGAGCGAGACAGCAAACGAUGGCACCGAAGUUCCGUGACGUCGAUCAAACGACACCCCUCCUGCAUGACUGUAACAACAACAACAACAACAACAACAACAGCAACAUCAACAACGGACGGCUCAGCAAUGGCAGUGUCGUCACCGGCAGCACCAACAGCAGCGCCACCGCCAUUGUCCACCUAACGGCCGGCGGCGACCGGAAGGCAGGGAAACCGGGCGCGCUGCUGCCCGAUCCGGUCGCGGGCCGCACGCUCGACCAUCCGACCACCAACCUGGACACGCUGAUGCACAUGCUGAACGGGAACCUCGGCACGGGCAUACUGGCCAUGCCGGACGCGUUCAAGAAUGCCGGCCUGUACGUCGGCUUCUUCGGCACGCUCGCGAUGGGCGUCAUCUGCACGCACUGCAUGCACCUGCUGGUGCGCUGCUCGCACGAGCUGUGCCGCCGGUACGGCCGGCCGUCCCUGUCCUACGCGGAGGUCGGCUACUGUGCGCUCGAUUCGGGCCCGCGGUGGGCCCAGCCGCUGGCCGCCAGCUUCCGGCGGCUGAUCAACAGCUUCCUGCUCGUGAUGCAGCUCGGCCUCUGCUGCGUCUACUACCUGUUCGUGGCGGUCAACGUGCGCGAGCUGCUCGACUACCUCGGCUGCCCGGUGCCGGUGCUGACCGUGCUCGCCUACCUGCUGGUACCGCUCGCCGCCAUGAACAUGGUGCGCAGCCUGAAGCUGCUCACCCCGACCUCGCUGGUCGCGUCCGUGCUCGCGAUCGCCGGGCUCGCCAUCGCCUUCCUCUUUCUGCUGCAGGAUCUGCCGCACAGCGGGAGCGUGCGGCCGGUCUCGUCCUGGUCCACGCUGCCGCUGUACUUCGGCACGGUCAUGUACGCGUUCGAGGGCAUCGGCGUGGUGCUGCCGCUCGAGAACAACAUGGCCAACCCGCGCGACUUCAUCGCGUGGAACGGUGUGCUGAACACGGGCAUGACGAUCGUGGUCUGCCUGUACUCGGCGGUCGGUUUCUACGGCUACCUGAAGUAUGGCGAGCAGGCGCAGGGCAGCGUCACCCUCAACCUGCCCAACGAUGCGCUGCUCGCCCAAAUCGUCCGCCUGCUGAUGGCGGUGGCCGUGCUCGCCUCGUACGCCCUCCAGUUCUACGUGCCGAUGACGAUACUGGCGCCGGCCGUCACGCGCCACUUCCGGCACCGGGCACUGGCCGAGUACGGGCUGCGGCUCGCGACCGUCCUGCUCACGUUCGUGCUGGCCGCGAUCAUCCCGAACCUCGGCACCUUCAUCUCGCUCGUCGGUGCCGUCUCGACCUCGACGCUGGCGCUCGUCUUUCCGCCGCUGAUCGAUCUGCUGACGCUCUGGCCGGCCCGCACCGAGCGCUGGCGCUGGACCGUGCUGAAGGAUGCGCUGAUCAUCGCGUUCGGUGCCUGCGGGUUUUUCUUCGGCACCGCCAAAAGCCUGGCCACCAUCUUUGCCGGCGGCCCGCCGGACGGUGGCAUACACUGAAUGGUGGCGUACACAAACUACCGAACCCGCUGCUGCUGCCAAAACUCACCAUCGUCUCGAAGCGUUACCUUACAAGACAAACUGAUCGAUAGACUUAAGGCCUUUGUGUUGUUGUUGUUGUUGUUUUUUAGUACUAACACAAAUGUCCCACUAUUGGGUGUGAAUAUUUAUCGUCGCAAGCAAGGAAUGAGGAGAAAGACCCUCCCGGGACCUGACUGUAAAUCGUACCGCUAGCAGCGUAUGCUAUUGUGUCGCCGCGCUGGAGACCACCACCCGGCCAGUCCGCCAAGUAUAGUAGGCCAUUUGGGAGAGGGGAGUAGUUCCUUUCUAUACACAACAACAGAAAAAAGGUCGCAGAAAGGUGGACUGUCCGUGUGGAAAACGAACUAGAAGUAAGGAAAAGGGCGACAAAAAUUGUGAAGCGGCGCGUUUUGAAAAUAAAUAUAUUUAUAUUUGUAUAUUUACACACAGCAUGUGCAAA